AUGACCAGGAUGAGAGAGGAUGUGGGAAUCUAUUCCAGAUAUUAUUUCAUUAUUAAGAAUGUCUAUGAUAGUACAACUUUCUACGUUAAAUUAGAUUACGAUCUGAAAACAGAAAAAAUACCACUGGUAAGAGCACAGGAUACCAUCUCUCCCAAGUUAUUUAUCCUGGCAUUGGAAAAUAUCCUUUGCGAAACUAUUGUAGUAAACCUUAGCUAUCUUGGAUUUGCAGACGAUAUAGUCUUGCUGAGCACCGACAUUCAAGAAUUGAACACCAUGCCAAAGGAGCUAAAUGACCAAUCUCGGAAAAUGGGACUUGAAUAA